AUGCUUUUCGCUCUAACUGUCUUCUGGCUCUUCCUGGUCAACGCUAACGCUGACUCUGGUUGCGUCGACUACCAUGGAUUGAGUGAGCAUUACAUACGGCGCAACCUACAAUUCAACCCCAGCCUGGUUUGGAAAAAUGAUCUUGCUAGUGAGGCUUGUGAUGUAGCAAAGGGUGCUAAUAUAUUCACAGGUGAUUUCAAACUCGAGGCGGAGAGGAGAUUCAAAGCUGGUCAAGCACCGUCGACCGUCAGGGAGAAAGCGCGCCGAACCAUCUUUUACCUGAAAGAUAAUGCUUAUAAUGUUGCUAAUAUGCGCUCGGUACGACCGGAGUUUGGAUGCAACAGCUUCCUUCAAGGAGAUAUCAUGAAAGUAGUUUGCCUCUACAGGGAAAGUGAUGAAUAA